UGCGGCCGGCCCGAGGCGGAGGAGGAGCGAUGGGGCUGCGGCAGGCGCGGCGUGCUGUGUGAAUGGGACCUGUUGGAAUCUUUUGCCUGCUGGUAGUGUGAGGGGAUGACUGAAGAGUCUUGGUUCAGUGACAGUGACGGCAGUGAGCGAGAAUCCUGGGCCAGGGAGGUGAUUCGUCGCCAGUGCAGGUACUCCAGACACGCCAGGUCCCUGACACGCUUGCGGAGGCAGCCAGUCGUGCGGAGUCCUAGGAUGAGUCUUCAUGGAACUGUGGCAGUGGCCGACAAGAGUUCGUAUCCUUCACAGCAGAUCAACCAAGGCCCCGACCAAAGGGAAGAAGGCAAUCUCCUCCCUUGCCUCCGCCACACAGCCCCUUCUGUCAGGCAGCGGACUCCAGAUCCUGACCCGGGGCGACUCCCUCAGACCUCAAGCCCACAGCCAUGUAAAGGUGUCACCUCACCCGUCUGUGGUUCGCAGGACGACCUCAGCCCUUCCAGUUUCGAGCCAGCCUCCAUCUUGUGGCCCAAGGACGGAUGGGCUAUUCCCCAUGUGGGGCAAAACACGGGUCAGAAUAAAAGAUCCGUGGCGGACAUCCGGGCCAAAGGCAGCUGCAAGUCCUGGAAGGCCUGUGAGCGGGUGGUACUGAUUGUUGACAACACACGGUUCGUGGUCGACCCUGUCAUCUUUGCCGCACACCCUGACACCAUGCUGGGACGAAUGUUCACCUCAGCACGAGAACAUAACGUUGUACAGCCAAACGAGAAGGGCGAGUACGAGAUUGCUGAAGGCAUCACUUCCACCAUCUUCCGCGCAGUCCUGGAUUAUUACACCACUGGAAUCAUUCAGUGUCCGGAUGGAAUUGCAAUCCAAGAACUCAGGGAUGCAUGUGACUAUCUGUGCAUCAACUUCAAUCACAAUACGAUCCGCUGUCGGGACCUCAGUGCCCUGUUACAUGAACUGUCAAAUGACGGGGCACGGAAGCAGUUUGAGAGGAACUUGGAGGAGUUGGUGUUGCCCCUGAUGAUGUCCAGUGCCCGGAAGGGGGAGCGGGAGUGUCACAUCGUGGUACUGACACGUGAGGACACGGUGGACUGGGACGAACAGCACCCACCUCAGAUGGGAGAGGAAUAUUCUCAAAUUAUUUAUAGCACCAAACUCUACAAGUUCUUCAAGUAUAUCGAAAACCGUGAGGUUGCAAAAAUGGUGUUGAAAGAACGGGGGUUGAAGAACAUCCGCAUUGGAAUUGAAGGUUACCCCACCUGUAAAGAGAAGCUGAAGCUGCGGCCCGGCGGCCGCUACGAGGUGAUCUAUAACUACGUGCAGCGCCCCUUCAUUCACAUGUCCUGGGAGAAGGAAGAAGGGAAGAGCAGGCACGUGGACUUCCAGUGCGUCAGGAGCAAGUCCAUCACCAACCUGGCCUCCGCCGACAUCCCGCAUCACCCACAGGUGGAUGAGCUCGACAUCCUGGGCCCACCCCAAGAGGGAGUCACGAGCCACGGUGCCCGGGAGUAGCAGAGGACCCAGGGUGGAGACACCACACCCGAAUCGGACACGAAAGGCAGGUGGGGCUGUAGAACUCCCCUGCCGUGUCAUGGAGUAUUUAACGUGGUAGACUAGACGUUCUCGCGGCAAUGACAGGCCUCCGUGCAUGUGACUGACCUGCUGCAUCAGGUGCAGAAACAGACGCUGUGAGCAGGAUCAAGCACUGUUGAGCGCUUUCCCUUUGCCACAGUUUUACCUGCAGACUUCAGCACUUUCAUAGGAGUAAAAUCUACUGGCUUCUUCACUCAGGAGACAAGUGCAAUCAAUGUAAAAUGGAUGCGCCAGUUCCUGCUCAGAUAACGUAGGACUUUGUCCGUUGUAGCUUUAGAAGGGAUGGACACUCCCUAGUGUGACAGCAAAUAGACUCUGACCACUGCAGGGUCGGUACCUCUGGGCUUCUCCUACUACAUCCCAUGUUCAUUCUGUCUGUAACAUUGUACUGAGCAUCGGGGAAAUGUGAAGUUGUUGAUUCAUAAGCCGGCCUCCAGGUUUGUUUCAGACUGGUUGGAACACAGUGAAGACCGGAACCUUCCGGAGGAAACCUACAGUACUUGCCUCAAUAGUUGUUACCUUGUGUAACCACAUCAAUGCAUUUUCUGAUGCUGGGUGAUGUGUAUUGUCCUUACAGCCCCUUGCACAUGCUCCAACUUUCAAUAAGAAUCCAGUUGUGCACUAUAUCUACUUUAGCAGCUAAUCCCCAUUUCCCUCAACCUCCUGGAUUUAAAGCUGGUUCCAAUGAAGAAGCAGCGAUACACUUCAAAGGGAACCUGCAGGUGGUGGUGUUUCUGCUGCCUUUGUCUUCCCUGGGCAUAGUGGUACACUAGUCAGAUAAUUAGCAGCAUUGCAUUUUGUACACUAUACCAGAGCGUGCCUGUGCUGGAGGGAGUAGAUGGUGUCCCACUUUAGGUGUCAUUGAAUCGCCACUCACCCAGCCAAACAGUAUUUUAAUCACACUCCUGCCAUGUAGAUGGUGGAAAAACUUUGCAACAAUAGUGGAUCAAUCACCACAGGAUAAGUUUCUGGUGGUAAAGUCACAAUGUCAAGAGUAUUUAGUUAGGCAUUGGCUGGCAUUUGUGUGGCAGGACUGUUUAUUGGCACAUCCCUGUACCUGAGCGUAUACCUGUGUGUUGUCUGGGCUGCAAAUGACAUUGAACGUUAAUCAUCACUGCCUUACACCCUUGGGAUUCAGUUCUUUGAACCAAGGAUUUAAUGGGGUUUGAAACAAUGUGGUUCUGAAGAAGCCCAAAAUGAACAUUGGUAAUUGCCUUUUGAUGAUACUGUCAAGUUCCCCACCUUGGUGCUAAAUGGCUACCCCCUUAUGCUGAGACUAUGCCCACUGUUUCUGUGGCUGGAGAGUCUUGAACCGGCCACCCUGUCAAUGAGAUCACCCCAUUUCCUCAGCCCAGGCAAGUAACUCUUUCCUUCAGUAUGGAGAACAGAAUAGCAGAGUACUGCAGGUAUGGUCUCAGAGUCCUGUACAUUUGCAGCAAGAAUUAUUUAUUCUUGUACUCCAGUGUGCUGGUAAUAAAAUCAAUACCAUUUACCUGUGGAAUUGCUUGCUGUGUACCUGUUAACCUCCUGGAUUUUAUAAACCAGCACUUGUGUUCUUCCUGCAAAAGCACUGCCCCUAUCAAGCUCCUUGAGCCACUGUUGUCCAGUCAACUUUAUAUCCAUCGACAUCCUCAACUCACUUCCCCACCCAGUUUUGCAACACCAGCAAACAUCAACUUCAUCUCAUUGUAGGUUGUAAGUGAAGGCUCAUUCAUUGUAAUCCUGCCAACCCUGAAAGACACAUUCAAUCCUCCCAUUAUGCCUUCUAAUCCCAUUGAUGUUACUCACAGCUUUCUAUACCCUUGUAUUACUGUGAUGCUUUAUCAAAUGCCUUUUGAAAAUCUAACUAUCUACAGCUUCUCCCUCACUUGUACAUUAAAACCUCAAUAAAAACUUAA